ACUCUAACCUAAAAAUUUGACGUUUCUCAUAACCAAACAUUUAAUGGUACACAAAAAUGGGUGAUAAUUUAGAUUUUAUACCUUCGAAGGCUUCAGCUUUGAAGAAAAGCGAAGUGAAUUUCGAAGCUGUUGUAUACGAGUCUUAUAAAAAGAAAAAAUCCGAAAACAGUGUGAUGAGGAAUUUAGAGAAACCUAUUACGAAUGAUAAGAAAGAUGGUGGAGAAUUGAAUAUGAGGCAUACCAAAAAUGAAAUCGUCAAACUAGCCAUGUCUGGAUUAGAUCCUGAACAGAAGGAACAAGCUAAAAUUAAUUUGCUGGUAAAAUUAGGGGCCAAACCGCCGAAAAACAAGAACAAAAAUUACAAACAGCUGCAAAUCGAAAGGAAAAAGAGCAAGGAAGAAGAAUCGAAACGGGAAUCGUUCCUUCAAUUAGGCAAAAACAAGGUUGGAAAAUCUACCGCAAAAGGGAAAAGCUUCGAUAAAAAACGCAAAAAGAACAAAGGAGAUAAUAUUUUGUCUAUUUAUGGAAAAAUACAAGUAAGUUUUAUAAUUAUAAUUGUUUAUUACAAUAAUAAGUUUCUUAUUUUUACAGAAAACCACAAAGAGUUAAGUCGAAUGAAUACUAUGAAGUAUUAUUUACACCUGAUUUAUUUUUAAUUAUAAAUAAAAAUCAAUUAAUUGUUAUAAUGUACAAGUUUAAUUACCUUUACUUACAAUAACUUAAUUAUAAAUCCACCUAAACAGCGGUACCUCUCUCCAAAUUCUGCUUUAUUUCCGCAGUAUGCUCACCAUAGAAUCUGUCCAUUUUCUUAUUAAACUUAGCAUUUCUUUCGUUAAUGUAAUCAAUAUCAGCAUCAUCAUUAUGAGUCCUUCGUCUAGAAUAUUUACUUCUCUUAGCAAUUUGAUCCUCCACACUUUUAACCAGAUUAUCAACGGCCUCGGGCCGGUCUUUGUGAAGCCCGUGCACUAUCGUAUUGGGCCCCGCGUAGAAAGCAUCUCCCAAUUUCUGUUUCUGCUCCUCGUAGCGUUCCAUAUCUUUCGGAGCCAUUGUUUUUAUCAAUCUAAAAAUGAAUUUACAAUUACAUCGAUGCAAGAAUAGAGUACACAAGUCUUGCCUGUUAUAUUGCCUCACCGAGGCCGCCUCGUAGUCGGAAAACCCCUCGUCGGGGUUCUUCUUUUUCUUCAUCCGCUCGAACCUCUCCGCUUCGAUGGCCGACACGUUCAACAGCUUAGACCUGUCGUAAUCUUUGCCGUCCUGCUGGGCCUGCUCCCGCUCCUUUUGGUCGUUCAGGAUCCACUCGGCCCUGCGCUUCCUGCUCUCCCAGUUGCUGGGCAUCUUAUUCCUAGCGUCCUCAGCCACCACCUCCUGGUGAUUGUGCGUUCGCGCCUCGUUCCUCUGCCGGUGCAACUCGCGCAAUUUCUUCAUGCGAUCCGCUUGCUUCUCCGCGAAGGAUUUAUUCGAUUCAGCGCUCGAAUCGCUCAUUUUGUAAUGAAAAAUGCGAGAAAAUACUCACUAAAACAACGUAGUGUUGAAUGUUUUUAUUUUGACAGUUU